UUAAGUUAAAAAUUGUAUUUUUUGGAUGGUCUGGAUAUUUUGAACCAGACCAGAUGACAGAACUGUAAUUGGCAAACUUGUUUGUUCAUUUUGGUUUUAAACAGAAUUUGUAAUCCAGUAAAAAAACAGUAGAACAAAAGGGCAUAAUGGCAGUAAGACUGUUUGAAGGGCGGGAUCAUGCAGCUGCCUAUCACAAGUACCGACCUGGUAUUCCUGACGAACUGAAAGAAAUGGUACUUGCCUUUGUACAGAAAAAGAAUAAAGGUCCUCUCACCCUUGCUGUAGAUGUGGGUUGUGGUACAGGAGUUUGUGCCCGGGCGAUGGCACCUUAUUUCCAGAAAGUUGUUGGAUUGGAUGUAAGUGAAGCUCAGAUCCUUGAGGCUCAAAAAGUCCCUGGCAUCCCAAAUGUUUCUUACAGCACAGGUCCAGCAGAAGAACUUCCAUUUGAGGACAGUUCAGUUGACCUGGUGAUUGGAGCAGAUGCAGCUCAUUGGUUUGACAUGAAGAAGUUCAUGGUGGAGGUAGAGCGUGUUCUUAAACCCAAAGGUUGCUUGGCUUUGCUUUCUAUUCAAAUUAAAAUGGAACUACACUAUGGGGACUGUUCUGAAGCAUUAACACAGAUCUUCAGAGAGAUGUAUGCUUCAUUAUCUCCAUACAAAGCUAAAAAUGUUGACGUCGUUGAAAAUGGUUACAAGGAGAUAAUUGAUGCUAUUACUUUUACAGAAAAGGAAAGGGUUACUGAUGUAUUGCUGAAGAGCACUAUGUCUGUGUCUGAAGUCAUUGGGUAUGUUUCAACCUUUUCCAUGUAUCAGCUUUUUCUGAAGAAGGAUCCUACAGCAGCAAGAUCCAUGCUACAAACUGCUGAACAAAGACUUUUGAAGGCAAUGGGAGUCUCAUCAAAUGAAACAGAACUGGAGAUGUGGCGGUAUUAUUUAUGUGUAUUAGCCCGUAAGCCUGAGUGAUCUACUGUGCCCUACAUGCUGUCUUAGCAGACAGAGGAACUGGCUGUAGCACUUUUGCAAAUUCUAAUAUCCAGUUCCUGACAAAGAAUAGCAGAAAACGGACUACUAUCCAACUCUCAGUUCAUACAACCCUUUGGAAACUUGCUUAUUUCUCCAGAGCCCACCACAGUUUACGUAAGGAUUUCUAGAUCUUUUUAUAUGAUGAGUGCCUUAAUCACAUUUUCUUAAAUAUACUGAAAUCAUGAGAGGAAAGUAUACUUGAAUAAAUCCCUAAUACAUUUAUUAUAUCUCCGUAUCUCUGUAUUGUAAUAUUUUUUUAUUUCAGAUGUGUUUGGAAGCACAAACAUAUUUAUAAGCCUGUACAAUAACUUUUAAGUUCAGGUCAUCCUAAUAGGUUGAGGUCUGGAGAAAUUCAGCAUGCUAAACCUUGCACUAAUAGUCCUGGGUUCAUAGUACAACUCAAAAUUCAGUUGGUUUAAAUUAUUUUCUCUUUCCAUCACAUCUGUUACAUUGUUUGAAUAGUGUAACUGGCAUGUUUCAUUUUUCUGUUUUCAUUGUGUUAUCUUCUACUGUAUUAAUCCAGACCCUCUCCAGUAAAAUACAUUGAUUCAUGUAUAACUCACCAUGUAAAGAAGACAGCUGCCUUUCUCUUUCUAAGGCUAAGUGGCUCCCAGUAUAGGGCAUUUCAAAGCUGCUACUUGUUUCCUUACUCGAGAUACCCCAUCAUCUCUCUCUUCCAAACUUUUAACUGUCACUGAAACCCAUCAUUUAAACUCGUAUUUAAAAUGUCUUUUGAGGGCAGCUAGCCUAAUACGGACCUAUUAGACCUAUAACCUAAGAAGCCAGGCAUGAGCAGGUCCUUCUCAACAAACCCAUUCACUUAGACUGCAUUCUACUAGCCAUUGCUUCUUUGUAUUGGCGCCAAAACUAUGGAUGUUCUUCCUGUUUUACUGUUGCAGUCGUCAGCUGUGGGUUAUCCC